AAGGGUUAGACAGCUGCAGAAAACUGAGAAACCGAUAGGAUUGCAGCCAGGACUCAGCUCUCUGCCUUCCUCAGAUACAGAGCGGCUAGUGAGAUCAGACCUUCAGUCCUGCUGGAUGGAGAAAGCUGCAGAAGCAAGUAUCCCAUUUAUUGCACACAUGUUUACUGGAUCAGUGAACGAGUCAGAGGUCGGUGAACUCUGAGGCAUUGCAUCAUUGGAAUGGUCUGCAAAACUAGAAAGUAAGUAGAUGCUGGCCCUAAGGAGGAGAAAGUCAAAAUGUCUACUGGAGCAGACCUCAAGGCGAGAGAGGGAGGCAUUCCCAAUGACAGCAAUUUAAACAUGACCCAAGAACAAUCCUUCAAGAAAGGCUGCUGCUCACUGCGCCAUGGUUUGGCUUUCAUCUUGCAUCUCUGUAAUUUUUCUGUUUAUACCCAACAAAUGAACCUGAGCAUCGCCAUAACAGCUAUGGUGAACACCACAGCAGCAUCCAGCCAUGCCAACGCUUCCAUAGAAAGGCCUACCACUGACUCCCAAGAUUUCUGGAAUGAAACACUACAGGAAUCUAAGGCCCCUGUUUACGACUGGACACCUGAGAUCCAGGGAAUCCUCCUCAGCUCUCUCAACUAUGGAUCGUUCUUAGCUCCAAUCCCUACUGGCUAUGUGGCUGGAGUGUUUGGAGCCAAGUAUGUGGUUGGUUUGGGCUUGUUAGUUUCUUCCGUCCUGACUCUCUUCAUUCCACUGGCAGCUGAGGCUGGAGUAGCCUUACUAAUUGUCCUUCGGGUCAUCCAAGGCAUGUCUCAGGUUAUGGUGUUAACAGGUCAGUACUCAAUGUGGGCCAAAUGGGCUCCCCCACUGGAAAGGAGUCAGCUCAUCACCAUCGCUGCAUCAGGGUCAAUGCUUGGAACGUUCCUUGUUCUUAUUGCUGGUGGUCUUCUUUGCCAGGCCCUAGGAUGGCCUUAUAUAUUCUACAUCUUUGGUGGAAUUGGCUGUGCCUGUUGCCUGCUCUGGUUCCCCCUCGUAUAUGAUGACCCACAGAAUCAUCCCUUUAUCAGCACUGGUGAGAAGAGAUACAUCAUGUGUUCACUGGCUCAAGAGGAUUGCUCGCUGGGCUGGUCUCUUCCCAUUAAAGCCAUGGUGAAAUCUCUCCCACUUUGGGCCAUUGUGGUUUCAUAUUUCUGUGAAUACUGGCUAUUAUUCACGAUAAUGGCAUAUACACCCACAUAUAUCAGCUCUGUACUUCAAGCAAAUCUCCGAGAUAGUGGAAUCCUGUCUGCCCUGCCAUUCAUGUUCGGCUGUGUCUGCAUUAUUCUUGGGGGUCUACUGGCAGAUUUUCUCCUCUCCAGGAACAUCCUCCGGCUUGUAACCAUCAGGAAGCUCUUCACUGCCCUAGGGGUCCUUGUCUCAUCCGGGAUCCUUGUGCCCCUACCUUGGGUCAGCUCCAGCCUCAGCACUACAAUGGCCUUCUUGGUACUAUCUUCUGUCUUUGCCAGCCUCUGUGAUUCAGGAGCCCUCAUUAACUUCUUGGAUAUAGCUCCACGGUAUGCUGGCUUUCUCAAAGGACUAUUGCAAGUCUUUUCUUACUUAGCUGGAGGCAUAGCUCCUACUGUUGCUGGAUUUUUCAUCAGUCAGGAUUCAGAGUUUGGCUGGAGAAAUGUCUUCUUACUUGCAGCUGCUAUUGAUGUAGUCGGCCUGCUCUUCUACCUCAUCUUCGGCAGAGCAGAGGUACAGGACUGGGCUAAGGAACCAACAUUCACCCAUCUCUGAGCAAAGUUAGUAAUUUGUAAAAAAGGCCUGUUUUUGUGCCUACUGGACAACUAAAACCUUACAACUGGAAGAGGCUUCAUUUCCAGGAUCAUUUAAGAGACCCCGACUAUCCGAUAUUAAAUGUAUUUUUUUCCAUACCUGGAGGCUUCAUAAAGGAAAGAAAAGUCUGGUUAUUUAUAACUGUGUGCUCCUGAAAUCACAGGUGUGUCUGAGGUUCUACAAAUCCUUUAUACUUUCCCCUGUUGCCAUGGUAAAAGCAUCAGGGAUGGGAGGACAGUUUGCCAUGAAAGCUAAAGAGGAAGCCAGAAGUACAGGAGUAAUGAGUUGGAACCGCAGGAGAAUGGUACUCUGUGAGCUGUCAGCGAAGAGAACUGACAGCCGGAAAACAGGAUGUCUGUGAGCCGAAAUUCUGUGGCAAGGGACCACUCAUGCCAAGUGAAGGGGUUAGAGCCACUGUAGCUCUUGGUGUGUGUAGGACGUCUAACUGAAAACAGCCAGGAUAAAGAGCAAUGAAGAAUUAAUCUAUCAUGCAAAAAGGUAUGGACGUUCUCCAACUGCUAUAAGAAGGGUAGUAGAAUGCAGCCAUUGCAGACAGCUUUCUGUAUGUGGAUCUCGGCUUUGGAGCAAAACCACCUCUGCAAUAUGAACACCACCCAGGCACUUUCCGGAGGCCACUCUUCCACCAACAGCUUCCUUCUUUCUGACCACUUUAACCUGGGUGUCUCAUCUGUAUGUAUCUGUAUGUAGGUCCAUGCAAAUCCCUUAUGUCUUAGUCUUAGUGAGUAGAAUGGCCUUGUGUGUCUCUGAUCUCAUGCACUGCUUUGCAGCAUCAGUCUCAUCAUGGAUGCCCUUUGCCUGUUUCUCUGACUCUUAUGAUCUCAGUCACUGUCAGUGGGCUUCAUUUGAUGUAGAAUGUCUCUUAAAAAUGGAUGUGAGA